CAAUCUUUUUCCAUUCCGCUUCCUCGGCGCCCGUACGUGCCACCACCGCGUGCCCAACUUGCAAGGUUACUUAACCCACAAGGGUGUGUUCGCUCUCUCUCUCUCUAUCGCUCUCUCGCUCGCGUCGCGUCUCCUCGCCUCCCGUCCCACUCGCUCUGUUCGCGCGGUACACGCACGCACUACGCACACGGACACGCCUCGCGCUGAUGAGCUGAGGUGAGCUCGCCCACCGCCCGCGCCGCGAAUCCCUCCGCGCCGCUCCGCCUCCACGCCGAGAUCCCCCGCGCGCAAACGCCCCCACCCCACCUCCGAUCCCCCCCUGCGGGCCGCAUGCCGUCCUAGGAAUCCCCCGCGUUCUCCCCCGUUUUAUGGCGCUCCUGCGCAGGCGGGGGUACAGUGCCGCCGUCCCCAGCGCCUGCUGCUUCCUCCUCCUGCUGCUCGUCCUCUCCGCCUCCCACCUCCUGCCCACUCGCCGAGGCCAUGGCGGCGUCCUAGAAGGGUUGGCCCUUAGGGGGAGCGCCUCUCGUUCUCGUUCUGGUUCGUCGUCGUCCUCUUCCGCCGGCGAGGAGCAGGGAAGUUGCCAGGAGCUGCAGUCCAUCGAGGGCGGGGAGGCCAGGUGCCUGUACCUCCGGACGCACCCGCCGUGCGCGCCCGCGGGGUACGUGGACUACCUCAGGCUGUUCUACUGCGGGUUCGCCCACGCGCCGGCGGCGGGGUACGCCGCGGCCGUGCUCUGGCUGGCGGUGCUCUUCUACCUGCUCGGCGACACCGCGUCCGAGUACUUCUGCGCGUCCCUCGAGGGGCUCUCGGCGGAGCUGCGCCUGCCGCCGGCCAUCGCUGGCGUCACGCUGCUCUCGCUCGGGAACGGCGCGCCGGAUGUCUUCGCCAGCGUCGUCUCCUUCGCGGCCGGCGACGGCGGGGGCGUCGGGCUCAACAGCGCGCUCGGUGGCGCGCUGUUCGUGUCCACCGUUGUUGCUGGGGUGGUCGCGCUCGCCGCCGCCUCGCGUGCCGGCCGAGGCGGGGUUGUGGUGGAGCUGCGGGGAUUCGUGCGCGACAUCUGCUUCCUCCUCCUCGCGCUCUGCUCACUCCUCGCCAUACUGGUGACCGGCACGGUCACCGUCUGGGUGUCCGCGUCCUUCGUCUCGCUCUAUGUCGCGUAUGUCCUCCUCGUCUGGACCUCCCACUGCUGCUCUGAACCGGGGAAGCCGCCGCAGGCCGACCUCGCCGCGCCGCUCCUCCUCGACGACGACGGCGGCGUCACGCCACUGCCGUCCUACUCCAAGAACUCGGCGCCCUCGAAAAAAAGAGCCUACCUUCAUUGCCUCCUAUCCGCGAUCCUCAUCCCGCUGUACCUCCCUCGCCGCCUGACAAUCCCGGACAUCGCCGGGCACCGCUGGUCCCGGCCCUGCGCCGUGGCGUCCCUCGCUCUGGCGCCGGUCCUCCUCGCCGCCACCUGGGCAUCGUCGUGCCGGCAUGCCCUCGCCGUCCUCCUCGGCGGCGCCCUCCUCGGCCUCCUCCUCGCCGCGCUCGCCGCGGCCACCACGGAGGCGGCCUCCCCACCCCGCGGGCGGUGGCGGCGCGUGCCGUGGCUGGCGGCGGGGUUCCUGAUGAGCGUGCUGUGGGCGUACACCCUGGCGCGCGAGCUGGUGGCGCUGCUGGUGGCGAUCGGGUACAUGGUGGGCGUGAGGGCGAGCGUGCUGGGCGUGACGGUGCUGGCGUGGGGGGACUCGCUGGGCGACCUGGUGUCGAACGUCGCCAUGGCGCUGCACGGCGGCGCCGGCGGCGCGCAGACGGCGGUGUCGGGCUGCUACGCGGGCCCGCUGUUCAACACGGUGGUGGGGCUGGGCCUCUCGCUGACGCUGGCGGCGGGGUCCCAGUACCCGGCGCCGUUCGCGAUCCCGGCGGGCGGGGCGGUGUACGAGGCGGUGGGGUUCCUCGGCGCCGGGCUGGCAUGGGCGCUGCUGGUGGUGCCGGCGAGGGGGAUGCGGCUGGACCGGGUGUACGGCAUGGGCCUCAUCGCCAUCUACCUCGCCUUCGUCACCAUCCGCGUCUUCGACAGCCUCGGCCUCUGGACACACUCCUGGUGGCCAGCAUAGCAACACCCCCCACCUAGCGAUCGAUAUGAUCGAGCAGUUGCAACCAAACCUAUCGCUGCUCUCGGAGCGCCAUCAAUGGCGACCACUGAUUGAUUGUAGAACGUAGCCACGUACUACACCUAGCUUUGUGCUAGCAGCCUAGUAACAUCGACUGAUAGAUCAAAAACCAGAUUUUUGUGUAUAUUACUCACAAGCCUUUAGCUAACAGCGAUGUAGCAAUUGUUCAUAUAUCUUCGUUUGGCAUCCUGUCGCAAUCCCGACAUUAACGAGCAGUACAAGGAUUAAUUUCUUCAUUUG